UUAGUUAAAAAAAUUGAACUAAAUCUUAAUUAUCUCACUAUUGAUACUGAUAGUAAUGCUAAUAUUAGUACAUCAAUUAUAUUACAAAAUUUAGGGCAAAUCCUUCCUCCUAAAUUAGAAUAUUUAAAUUUGAUUCUUACAAUUACUAAUACAAGCGAUUUUGAAUUUUUUUUGAAAAAUUUACAAACCAAUUUUAUUAAGAAAUUAUUAAUCAAAGAUACCAAGAACAAAGAACCAGAAAACCAGAAUUUGAAUAAUUUACCUUAUAUAAAGGAAUAUAUUAUGAAAAAGAAAAGAAGUGAACAUUUAGCUUUAUUAGAAUGUUUUAUCACACCAACUCAUCACACUGUAGUUGAUUUAUAUUCUUUUAAAGAUGAAGUUGAAGAAUUUAGUUUAUAUAAUAUCAUGGUUCUUGAUUAUAUUAAUUUGAAUAUUGAAGCUAAUAAAUUUAUACAUGAUAUGUAUUAA